CUUGGGCUCUCACGUUUGCGCGCGCGGGGCUCUCUACGUUGAAAAUCGUUUGGAGUGUCGUUGCGCGACAAAACCGGUUUCGUUCGGCUCGGCGAAUCUCGGCGUUUAUACAAAGGUCGUGUGUGAGAGCGCGCCGCGCGCGCGACUGCCAGCGAGUGGUAGGAGUGAGAUUUAUGGAAAACGAAUUUACACGAGGUCACACCCACGGGAGCGGCUCUCUCUCUCUCUCUUUCUUUCUCUCUCCCUCCCUCCCUCCCUCCUUCCCUCCCCCUCUGUCUCUCUUCUCUCCUCCGUGUCUGUACGCUUCUGCGUCUGUCUUCUUCUAGCUUCCGUCUCUCUCUCUCUCUCUCUUUCCUCCCCUCUCUCUCUCUCUCUCUUCCGCUCGCUCUUCGGCUAUCAGUCUAUCCGCGCACAAUCUCUCUAUUAAUAAUAACGACGAGACCGUCGCGAUAACGACACGAGCCGGCGGCUAGACGUCGAGAGCACGCAGCCGAGAGAGAAAGAGAGAUAGAUCUCUCCGCGGAAUCGAGGUCUCGAUCGCGGCGGAGCGAUACCAGUGGCCAUCCCGGUAUCAGCGCGCCGGAUAAAUAUGCCACGGCGACCUUGAAGAGCCUCCUCCCUGGAUCUCCGCAGUCGGCGUGUGCGGAGGAUCAACGAACCGGUCGGACGAUUUCGGGCGACUCGCGAGAGCACCGACAGGCUAUCACCUCGCCGCCGCCGUCGUCGUCGUCGUCGUCACGCCAACGCGACCUUGACGACGGAGCAGCGACAUCGGUGUCUCCCCUCCCCCUUCCUCCCGAUGUCGUCGGCGUAACGCAGUGCGUGAAUUAGCCGCGAGGACGAUGUCGGGCGAUCUGGACGGCUCACGGGAGGAGCGUGGCUCGCUUGGCGGCAGCGGCAGCGCAGCGUCGUCGUCGUCGUCGUCGUCGUCGUCGUCGUCGUCGUCGUCGUCGUCCUUCACGGAAGAAGCAGCAGCAGCAGCAGCAGCAGCAGCAGCAGCAGCACUGCUGAUGACGUCGCCGAGGAAGACGCGCCAGUUGAGUCCGGGCGUUUAGUGACCGGCCCGUAGGCGACGAUGAAGCGUGCCACGAGCGCAUCCGUUGCGGCCGCCGCGACGGCCGCCGCCACGCAGGUGCACCAUCCGGCCAAGAUCCAAGAGCUGUUCGGGCCGCCGACGUCGGCCACGUCAGCGAUGCCGAGCUCGACGCCGUCGUGCGCCGCCGACGAGCAGGAUAGGCAGGCCAACGGCGUCGCCGCGAUAUCCCCUUGGCUCGAGCCGAAGGGCUCCCCCAAGGGCAGCCCCGGAGGAGCCGAUGAGAACAACAAGAGCAAGUCCACGGCCAUGUCGCGACUGUUGGCCGUCGACUCCGACAACUACAUGCUGCGCAAAGGCGCCGCUGCGGCCGCGGUAGCCGCAGCGGCCGCCGCCGUGACGACGACGACGACCGCGACUACGGCGGCGACGACGACUAGCACGAGCACGGUGCCGUCCGCCGCUUCGAUCUCGGCGUCGUCGUCGUCGUCGUCGUCGUCGUCGUCGUCGUCAUCGUCGUCGUCGUCGUCGUCGACGGCGGCGGCGGCGGCGGCGACCGCCGGCUCGCCGAGCGUGCGGCAGAUUCUCGCGUACGGCAACGGCUCCGCCGAGCACGUCGGCCCAGUGACGCGACCGAUGUCGUCCAGGUCGUCGGCGAGCCACGCGUCCCCCAGGUGGUAUGCCGCCGGUAAUAAUACCCAGGUGACGCCGCCGGUGGUCGCCCCGGCGACGAGGCAGCACCGGGAGGCAGCAGCUACGCAGCUCGACGAGCAGUCGCAGCAGCAUUCGCAACUGCUGCAAUCACGGACGGCGACGACGCCCGCGUCGUCGGACGGUCUCGAGAGCGAGCUCGGUUUCAUUACGUGCGCGAGACCGGUGUCUUUUCACCGGCACAUGUGUUGGUGCGGUGCUCAGCAGCAGCAGCAACAGCAGCAACUAACCGUGACGGAAGACACCGACGCGAACUCGACCGGUCGCACCAAGAGCAGGGCCGCGGCCGCCCUGGAAGGGCUGGCCGCGGCGGCCGCGCGGCGAACGCUGCGUGACGAUAACAGUCUGUGUUGCUGCAUGUGUGGUUCUCUAUGUCCCGCAGAGUGCCAUGCGUGCUUCCACGUCGUAUGCUCGGACUACAGCACCCAGCACCUGUGCCAAUGGAGUACCAAGGGUCACGCGUUACCGGGCCAGGUUCACAGCGAAGACAAGCCCGUCAGUGAAUGGACGUCGUUGAAUGUCGUUGAAUGGAUGUCAGCCCUAAACCUCUACCGCUAUGCGGACGUCUUCAAGUCGAAGGACAUCAAAGGCAGCGAUCUGCUUCAUCUGGAUCGAGACAAGCUCAUGAAUAUGGGUAUAAAGGAUGAGUUCCAUCAGAAGAACAUAUUGGUGUGCAUCGAGGAGCUCUGCCAGCCGUCGCCCCCGCCGCCGCCGGUGGCAACGGAAACGACGGGACCGACGACGCCUAGCGUGGACCCGGCGAACUGCCCCCUCGGAGUCGGUUAUCCGGGCAACAACGCGACCAAUAACGCGCACAAUCUCGUGCCGCACAGUUUCAGCGUGCUGGAGAAGUGCGACAAAUGCCAUAAAUACCUCAGGGGCCUCUUGCACCAAGGCUUCCUCUGCCAAGAUUGUGGACUGGUCUCUCACAGGACGUGUUCGGCGACGGGUCUGCCUGCCAAUUGCAUCUCAGCCUCGGACUCGGACAAUCGUAUCGGCAGGUUUACCUCGGUGUUCGGCCUCGCGCUGUGCUCGCAAUUCGACCUCGCCAGCCGCACGUCGCCGAUCCUGGUGGAGCGGUGCACCCGCGCUCUCGAGGAGCAGGCGUUCGCCGACACGACGCUCGACCUCUACAAAGUCUACCACAGUAGCCCGCCUAAUGAACAGACCCUCGAGUUGCGACAAAAGCUGAACGAAGAUGUCUGCAACGCCGACCUGAGCCCGUACACGCCGCAGUGCAUCGCGAGCGUCCUGAAAAAAUUCCUGCGGGAGCUGCCGGACCCGGUGAUUCCUGUGCAGUGGUACGACAGGUUCCUGGAGGCGUCGAGUAUGAGGAGCGAUGAGCAAUGCGCGACGCGUCUCAGUCAAUUAGUGGCGGAGCUCCCGGAACAUCAUCGCAGCACAUUGUUCCACUUGAUGGCGCACUUUUGCCGCAUCUGCCAGCUGCAGCACGGACGGGGUUACACGGAACCGCCGACCAUCCUCGUGCAAGUGCUCUGUCACAUAUUUCUUAGGCCGCCCUGGGAGCGAAUCAUUCAAGUUGUCCACAACACGGAGGCGCACAUACGUAUAAUGGAAUUACUGUUGCUGCACGGCGACUGGAACGAGAGGCUACCGGAGUUCGCCAGCGCGCCUCAAUUACCUCCGCGUAAAGUUUCGAGACCACAAUUUCCGAUUUUGGAUCCAUUCCCGGUUCUCGAGGACGAGGCUGUAGACAGAUCGGCACCUGUCACGGACACCGGCAAGGACCAACAAGCACACAGGCCGCGCACGCUUCAAGAAGCCGAGUGGUACUGGGGAGACAUCACGAGGGACGAGGUGAACGAAAUGAUGAUCGAUUCGCCGGACGGCACGUUCCUGGUACGAAACGCGUCUUCCAAGGGCGGCGAGUACACUCUGACGCUGCGCAAGGGCGGCACCAACAAGCUCAUCAAGAUCAGUCAUCGGAACGGGAAGUACGGAUUCUCGGACCCGUACAACUUCCACUCGGUCAUCGAGCUGGUCGACUAUUACAGGAACUGCUCCCUCGCGCAGUAUAACUCCGUGCUGGAUAUCAAGCUACUCUACCCUGUGUCGCGAUUUCAGCAGGAUGAUGAGAUCGCGAACACGACGGACAUGACGAAAGUCGUGCAGAAGUUUGUCGAGUUGGAGAAGGACAUAACCGACACCAUACGGCAAUACCAGAACUGCUCGGAUUUGUACGGCAAAACGGCCUAUGAGGUCCAGUUGAAGCGUCAGGCUUUGGAAGCCUUCUCAGAGGCCAUCAAGAUGUUCGAGGAGCAGAUGAAACUGCAGGAGAAGUUCCAGAAGGAAGCCCAGCCCCAUGAGAUUUCUACUUUGACGGAUAACGCGGAGCUGUUGAAGCGAAGGUUAAAGUCUUUGGAGGACAGCAAGGAGCAACUGGACGAAAGCCUGAAGCAACAGAUCGCUUACUACAGGACCCUCGAGAGAGAAAUGUACAAGCUGAAGGCGGAGAUCGGCCAACUCGUGCGGCAGAAGGAUCGUCAUUUUAUGUGGUUGAAGAAGAACGGAAUGAAGCAGAACAAGAUCAACCAGUUGGUUUUGAACUCAUUCACGAAUUCCGUUGUCGGCGAAGUGCCUUACGGUGACCUCCAGGAGGUCGACCUCGAGGUCCACUCCGACGACAAGUCAUGGCUCUUCCUGAAGGGUUCUCGUUCCGACGCCGAUCGCUUUCUAAUGGGCCGGCCCGACGGCACCUUCCUCGUCCGGCGAUCGAGGACAGGCCAAUACGCGCUCUCCAUAGUGUGCAACGGCACGGUGCAGCACUGCAUAAUAUACGCGACCGAGCGCGGCUACGGCUUCGCCGAGCCGUACAACAUCCACGAGAGCCUGAAACACUUGGUGCUGCACUACGCUCAGAACUCCCUAGAAGAGCACAACGAGUGCCUGACCACCACCCUGGCCUACCCGGCGUUCGCCUCGCCCGCGGCGCUCUCGCAACUCCAGGCCCAGCAUAUGCAAUUACAGAUGCACACGCGCGAGUUGCAGAACCAGCUGCAGUUCCCGCGACCUCACGAGAAUCAGCUGGUCGUACCGCACACGUAAUACUCGCCGGCCGCGCGUCGCGACCGACCACGUCCGCUCGAGGACGAGUACAUUUGUGCGCGUGUGCACGUUCACACGUGACUCCUCCCGCCCUGAGAGGGGGAAAGAGAAAAAGCAUUAACUCGCCGAUAUUCGGCGGCCGAGAGCGUGGAAUCCGGAGGCACUCGCUCGACGAUGAGCUCUCCUCACUCGGGACGGUCCUUUUCGUGGUCGCCUACUGCGAUUUGCUUGCGCAUCUCUCGCAGUCACUCGCAGUCCCAGGGAUCCACACCACGUCGUGCGGAUUUCCAUUCUCGAGAGCGACACCGCGCGGUCGGUCGCUGCUUUGUCACCGAGGAGAGAGCUAGGAUGGCUUGGAGUGUCUCGGAAUAAUAACGUGUAACAGUCGUGUCAACGAUCAAUAACCGUAAGAGAGGUAUUAGCGGUAUAAUUAGCGUACGCGCGCGGAUUACCGUGCUGCACACGGUAACGGCCGCGCUUCGGCUAAACGCGGAGGUUCCCGAACGGCGCGUCGCGACGCUCGCAGGGGACGACGGGGAGACUGCUGUGCGUGCGCGGGGUGGGGGAGGGGGGAGGACAGCGAGAGAAUAUUGCGGGAUACGAGUCUGCCGAGUGGUGUGCGCGCGCGACUGUGACUCGCGACAACGAAUCAACAGCGCUGGGAAGCCGAUCCCAGAACUUUUUUUAUAGGAUAUACAUGUUUAGCGUUUGUUAAAUAUAAUUGAGAAAUAUUUCAACAUUUUUUAUUGAACGUCUAGAGAUAAUUUGAGGACGUAAGGGGCAGAUUAGGUUUAAUUUCGUAAGGAAGCCGGGGUUAAAACGUGGGGCGAACGCGCGCGCGCGCGCGCGUGCGCGCGAGACCGGUUCUUGGAUACGUGGAGACUCUUUCGCCAGCGUAACUGCUGCUAACAUCAGUGAGAAGGACAAGGAUGACCAGAGACACGCAAGCAGGACAAGAACGCACCAGCCGUGUAGAGUCUCUUCUGCGCCCACGCUUACCUAUUAUUUCUCACCGUUACUGUUAGCAUCCGAGGAGCGGCAAGGGAGAGAAAACGUAGAGAAUACACCACAUGCGCCAGCUUGAGAAAGGAAGAGAGCUGAUAAGCUAAGAAGCUACGGGAACCUCUGGAUUAAUAGGACCAACACCAAUACGAACGUCCCUCAGCGAUACACUCCCUCAGGGGUGUCGACUCAGCGACAGUGGAACGGUGGAGAAUCUAUAGCGACCUAUGUUCUCCUCAGAGGGAAUGUGUCUCGCGGGAUCGUUGGCGCUCGUUGUCGCACAGAGUCGAUCCGCUCGGAAACGUUCGGGAACGGAAUGGGGGAGGGGGGGGUAAGAAGCGGCAGGAACAGGGGGAUGCACGUCCGGCACGCUGGGGCUCGCCUGGUCCGCGCCGAAGGUGGCUCUUCCGCUGCUCAGGUGAGCAGGGUAGUCGUGCGUCUCGUACGAACGUCUAACCCUUAACAGUCUAAGUCUGCUUGGAAGAUGACGAGGUGGAUGAUGAGAAUGUUUCGGCAAGAAUGUUGAAUCCCAUCGAGAUCACCGUGACACGCCGCGGCUCUCUCGGGCGGUCCGAGUGUCUUCAGCGUCCACGUUACGUUUGAGCGCCGCUCGUUGUGUUGAUGCGUCUCGUGAGAAAGGUCCGCGAAUGUUGAUUUAUAAUUACUCGUGUGAUCAAUUAGUCCACGCUCAGCGGUCGUCUGGAACGAUUCGAUGCUUUUGUGAUAUCGCGUAUUUUUGCUCGUCCCUACAAAAUUCCCGCGUGAAGUGCGUUGGUAUGAAUUCACCGGUGCGACUUGCGCCGCGGUACGACUGCAUCGAGACUCUUAAGGGUUAAACGUUAUCGCUCGGGUUCUCGCCGAUGUCGUCGGUGCUCGAAAUUCCAGGUCUCGUCGGCGAUUUCGCUGGUGCAAGCGUCGUUUGAAACGUCGCAGAGCGCGUCGAUUGAGAAGCAUGAUCGCCAUUCGCCAGGACGGACUGGCGGAAUUCAAUUCUUUGCGAUACGCUAAAUUUCACUAGUGAUAUUAGAGUACAUCCGAAGGUGUCGAAUAUAAGGCGACGUGUCGUUUUAGCGUCGCUUCGUAAGAAAGCCCGAUGAGCGGUCGCAAGAAUCCGACGGGCUCGUUUUCGACCCGGCAAGAAUGUCGCAGGCUUCACACACACAUCGAUAUUUAAAUCGACCGAGACGUAUCAUAUUAUAUACAAAUCUUUUUAACGUCGCAGAAAAACGUCUCGCUAAUUUGUAAAUAUACCUACGCGUCGUAAUUUACCAAGGGUAACAGGUGCCAUAUUGUUUGUUGUAACGUACUCGUGCUUUAUAUCGUGUAGCGAUCGAAAGAUUUAUCCGCGAGCUCUGCAUGGAGAAAAAUGUUGCUCGAACGAGUCAGCUUUCUGCUGAAGUAUGAGCGAUUCGAAAAUUGCGGUCGAAAGUACCGAAGAAUUCUUCGCAGUUUUAGCUGAAUUCUGACGGGAUCGGCAUAGAAUUUCGGUAUCGCCCAUCUCCCGGCUGAAAAUUGUCAACAUGAAAAUUCUCCUAUCUUAUGCUUCAUGUUUCGUUGAAAAUUGCUUCGUCAAGUAUUCUUCUCCGCGCACGCGCGCUUCGAGUCGCCGGAAGAAGCGAUCCAGUUCGAUUCUUGCAACCGAGUAGUCUUCAGCGGCAAAGAGCGAAUCGAACGUCUAGGCCGGCCUUUCUCGAUCGCGUUCCGCAGCGGAUCGCGACCAAGUCUCGUCGAGAUAAGAGCUUUUUUUAUACAUUAGAUUUCGGAUCCGAUAAGUUAAGGAUUUUCACGCGAAAGAAGGUGCAGAUGUACAUACAUGUAAUCUCGAGCUGUCCACGAGCGGCUAAGGAGGGUUGUCGCGUUCGUCGUUUUCGAUUGCCUUCGCCCCUAAUUUCUCACUAUCGUCUUCUAGUUUCCCUCUUUUCUACCACUACUUGUUUUUAUCGACAUUUUUAUGCAAUUUUACCGCGAUCGACGCGUCGAGUCGGCCCUUCUCGCUCGGCCACGCCGGGAUCCAUCUUGGUUCCGAAUGAUCUCAAUGGAAGAGCCCUGAUGAGAGAAAGCAGAGGACGAAGAAGAAAGAGUGACGAGUAUCGGCGUGAUGCAGACGAGGCAGACGAGGCCGAGGAGGAACGGAAUACAAUUGAGCGAGCUCAAGUUUGAUCACGAAAGCGACGUGAUAUUUCCUCAGACAGAGGAUCCGUCAGGAACAAGAAGAGAAUGUCAACGUGGGAGAAAGAAGCGCAUCUAACAUCCGCUCCUUGUUCCUCAUCGUUCCGCUGCCCACUGGUGGAACGUUCGCCAGUCUCUACAAGCCGGCGCUCUUUUAUAUUCCCUCUUCCAUUGUAUUCCGACUGUUCCUCGGCCGUAUUCUGCUCUGAAUUGUCGAAGAGCGGCGCUCGAGCGCGCGUCUCCGUGAAAUCUCGCGUUUACAGAGCGGUCGGUAAACGUCGAGAGUGUAUCGGGAGCGCCUUGAUCUGCGCCGCGAUUCU